GGCAGCAUAUCCUCAGUUGUGCUCCCACCCUAAGGAUAUACAGCGGCACCAGGAGCUCUCUGGUGCAGAAGAGAUUUGGGUUUCUUCCUCUGUUGGAUACCGGUUUGAGCUUGCAAGAUGGACAUACGAGUGGCAAGCAUCCUCCUUCUCAUCGUGGCCUCUGCAGCAGCCACUGGAAAGGGCUACGUGGUGAAGAAAGUGGUGCCCAUGUCCGUUAAGAGCCACAUGGUAUCAGUGGCAGGUGAGCCUGGUCCUCCAGGUGAGCCUGGCCCAGAGGGACCUCCAGGGCCACCUGGCGCCCCAGGUCAGGAUGGCGUUGGUCAUACUGGACCUCAAGGACCCCCUGGACCUCCUGGACAUCCUGGCCGCUCCAUUGCUGGCAAACCUGGAACUCCAGGUGGACCUGGCAAACCUGGCGUCCCUGGAACACCUGGUGAGAGGGGAGAUACUGGAGCCACUGGCCCUCAGGGACCAAGGGGAGUUCCUGGCUCUCCCGGAAGCCCAGGACCUGCUGGUCUGUCUGCAACUGGCAAACCAGGACCUGCCGGUCUUCCUGGAGCAAUGGGACCAAGAGGAGAACCUGGCCUGAAAGGGCAUCCAGGUGUUCCUGGACUUCCUGGGCAAAAGGGUGAUAGAGGAUAUGGAGCUCCAGGGCCUCAAGGCGAGAUGGGACCUCAGGGCCCUAUGGGUGCAACCGGAGCUCCAGGUUCACCAGGAGUUGGAAGACCUGGCAAACCAGGUGCUAAUGGUGAGCCAGGAAAGUCAGGUAGCCCAGGUAGAGAUGGUGCCCCUGGCCCCAUGGGACCACAGGGACCUAAGGGUCACACUGGUGCCCCAGGUGUAGGUCUUCCAGGUAAAUCAGGUGAGAAUGGUGCCCCCGGUUUGCCUGGUCCUGCUGGGCCUAAAGGUCAUCAGGGACCUGCUGGAGCUCCUGGUGCCCCUGGAGUUCCUGGAUAUGGAAAGCCAGGUGCAAAUGGUGAGAAGGGAGAGAGGGGAGCUCCAGGUAGCACAGGUGCCCCAGGUGCAAAGGGAGAGCAAGGCCCAACAGGUUAUACUGGUGCUACUGGUGCAACUGGCUCAAUGGGUCCAGCUGGACCUCAGGGUGAAAGAGGUUUCCCCGGAGCCACAGGCCCUGUUGGCCCCAAAGGUGACACAGGUGCAACUGGACAUCAGGGACCUAAGGGAAACAAGGGAGAUCAGGGAGCACAGGGUUUCCAGGGCAAGCAGGGUUAUCCAGGUGCAGCCGGUCCUCCUGGACCAAGAGGCGCCACUGGACCUGCAGGUGAGAAAGGUAAUGUUGGUGCCCCAGGUACUCCAGGGGCUCCAGGUAUUCCAGGACCCGCUGGACCCAAAGGACACACUGGUCGCCCAGGUGAGCCCGGUUCCUCUGGAUCUGAUGGAGCUCCAGGUGCCCGAGGACCUGCUGGCCCACAAGGACCUGCUGGUGUUCCUGGCCUUAAGGGACACCCAGGUCUUCCUGGACCUCCUGGCCCCGCUGGUUUGGCUGCAAAGGGUGUUAGCGGACCUCAGGGUCCCCCAGGUCAACCUGGUGAGCCCGGAACUGAUGGAGAACCUGGCCCAGCUGGCCCCCCUGGUCCCCCCGGACCUCCUGGUGAGGUUGUCUUUGAGAAGGGAAUGGGCUUGAGUGAGGUUAUGGUCAAGUCUCCCAUGUCUGCAUUCACUGCAGUUCUGGCCACCCCCUACCCUGCUGCUGGCACCCCCAUUAGGUUUGACCAGAUUGUUUACAACGCUGAGAAUCACUAUGACCCUGAAUCAGGGAUCUUCACAUGCCAGGUUCCUGGAGUUUACUACUUCUCCUACAGCAUCCAUGUUAAUGGAGCUCAUGCCCUGGUGGCUCUGUACAAGAAUGGUCAGCCAAUUAUGUUCACUUAUGAUGAGUACAACAAGGGUUUCCUGGACCAAAUGUCUGGUAGCGCUGUCCUCUUGCUUGAUGAGCAGGACACCGUCUACGUCCAGAUCCCCGAUGAAGAGGCCAAUGGCGUCUUUGCUGCAGAGAAUGUCCACUGCUCUUUCUCUGGAUUCCUCAUUGCUUCAACGAGCGACCGACACAACCGUAUUGGCUGCCUGGUUGAAGACUGGGAUGCCAUCCCACAGCAGCAUGUGACCAGCCUGGUGACCAGCAUAAGGAUGAGGUUCUCCCACGCAGACAACCGAGGCCCCCUGGGUUACUCGGCGGCGGCGGCCUCCGGACUUGCAGCCGCCUCUGGCUCGGUGGGAGAAGCAGCGGCCGGCUUCUCCUCUCCUUCAGCUGCUUGCUCGGCCUUCGGCUCCUCCGUCUUCGCCUCCUCGGCCGCAGCCUCCUUGGCCUCCUCCUUGCUUCCCUCGGCUGGCUUGGCCUCCUCGGCGGGGACGUCGGUGGAUUUCUCACCUUCGGCCGGUUCCGCCUCAGCAGCCGCCGCCGCCCCCUCCUCGGCCGCUUCCUCGGACUCCUUCUUGGUCUUCUUGAAGGAGAAGCCGCUGAGCUUGAAGGAGGGCUUCUUGAAGGAGAACCGCUUUUUCUUCUGCUUGCCGUCCUCGCUGGUGGACGGAGUACCUUCCUCUGACUUGGCGGAAGUCUCCCCGUUUGUGGCUUGCAAGAUGGACAUACGAGUGGCAAGCAUCCUCCUUCUCAUCGUGGCCUCUGCAGCAGCCACUGGAAAGGGCUACGUGGUGAAGAAAGUGGUGCCCAUGUCCGUUAAGAGCCACAUGGUAUCAGUGGCAGGUGAGCCUGGUCCUCCAGGUGAGCCUGGCCCAGAGGGACCUCCAGGGCCACCUGGCGCCCCAGGUCAGGAUGGCGUUGGUCAUACUGGACCUCAAGGACCCCCUGGACCUCCUGGACAUCCUGGCCGCUCCAUUGCUGGCAAACCUGGAACUCCAGGUGGACCUGGCAAACCUGGCGUCCCUGGAACACCUGGUGAGAGGGGAGAUACUGGAGCCACUGGCCCUCAGGGACCAAGGGGAGUUCCUGGCUCUCCUGGAAGCCCAGGACCUGCUGGUCUGUCUGCAACUGGCAAACCAGGACCUGCCGGUCUUCCUGGAGCAAUGGGACCAAGAGGAGAACCUGGCCUGAAAGGACAUCCAGGUGUUCCUGGACUUCCUGGGCAAAAGGGUGAUAGAGGAUAUGGAGCUCCAGGACCUCAAGGCGAGAUGGGACCUCAGGGGCCUAUGGGUGCAACGGGAGCUCCAGGUUCACCAGGAGUUGGAAGACCUGGCAAACCAGGUGCUAAUGGUGAGCCAGGAAAGUCAGGUAGCCCAGGUAGAGAUGGUGCCCCUGGCCCCAUGGGACCACAGGGACCUAAGGGUCACACUGGUGCCCCAGGUGUAGGUCUUCCAGGUAAAUCAGGUGAGAAUGGUGCCCCCGGUUUGCCUGGUCCUGCUGGGCCUAAAGGUCAUCAGGGACCUGCUGGAGCACCUGGUGCCCCUGGAGUUCCUGGAUAUGGAAAGCCAGGUGCAAAUGGUGAGAAGGGAGAGAGGGGAGCUCCAGGUAGCACAGGUGCCCCAGGUGCAAAGGGAGAGCAAGGCCCAACAGGUUAUACUGGUGCUACUGGUGCAACUGGCUCAAUGGGUCCAGCUGGACCUCAGGGUGAACGUGGUUUCCCCGGAGCCACAGGCCCUGUUGGCCCCAAAGGUGACACAGGUGCAACUGGACAUCAGGGACCUAAGGGAAACAAGGGAGAUCAGGGAGCACAGGGUUUCCAGGGCAAGCAGGGUUAUCCAGGUGCAGCCGGUCCUCCUGGACCAAGAGGCGCCACUGGACCUGCAGGUGAGAAAGGUAAUGUUGGUGCCCCAGGUACCCCAGGGGCUCCAGGUAUUCCAGGACCCGCUGGACCCAAAGGACACACUGGUCGUCCAGGUGAGCCCGGUUCCUCUGGAUCUGAUGGAGCUCCAGGUGCCCGAGGACCUGCUGGCCCACAAGGACCUGCUGGUGUUCCUGGCCUUAAGGGACACCCAGGUCUUCCUGGACCUCCUGGCCCCGCUGGUUUGGCUGCAAAGGGUGUUAGCGGACCUCAGGGUCCCCCAGGUCAACCUGGUGAGCCCGGAACUGAUGGAGAACCUGGCCCAGCUGGCCCCCCUGGUCCCCCCGGACCUCCUGGUGAGGUUGUCUUUGAGAAGGGAAUGGGCUUGAGUGAGGUUAUGGUCAAGUCUCCCAUGUCUGCAUUCACUGCAGUUCUGGCCACCCCCUACCCUGCUGCUGGCACCCCCAUUAGGUUUGACCAGAUUGUUUACAAUGCUGAGAAUCACUAUGACCCUGAAUCAGGGAUCUUCACAUGCCAGGUUCCUGGAGUUUACUACUUCUCCUACAGCAUCCAUGUUAAUGGAGCUCAUGCCCUGGUGGCUCUGUACAAGAAUGGUCAGCCAAUUAUGUUCACUUAUGAUGAGUACAACAAGGGUUUCCUGGACCAAAUGUCUGGUAGCGCUGUCCUCUUGCUUGAUGAGCAGGACACCGUCUACGUCCAGAUCCCCGAUGAAGAGGCCAAUGGCGUCUUUGCUGCAGAGAAUGUCCACUGCUCUUUCUCUGGAUUCCUCAUUGCUUCAACGUGAUACGUUGGUGCAGAAGUUUCCAAAAGCCAACCAACUAAUGUUGCAACCUAUUUCUCAAAGUAAAACUCCCUGUUCAUUUUUAUUCAACCCAAUAGACAGGCGGUUCAACCUUCUUGAGGAAUAGUGGCAUCUUAACUUGAAAAACUACAAGAAAUGGGUGCUUAAAAGAAGGAAAUCUAAUUUAUGAAAACAGUUGAUCUAUGGAGGGAGAAAGCAAUCUACAAUGUUCCAGUGAUGUUUUGUAAUGUAAACAGCAUGUGAAAUCGAGGUGUUAUAACUGUGUUGUGUCUGAAAGUUCUCUUUCACACGCGUCUCCUUUUAUACUGACUUAAACUGGUGUCUUUUUGACUUAGUGUCUGUCUUCUUUGUUUUUGUACAAUCUUGUUUUUGUUUGUUUUCUCUUUUUUUUCUUGGGCGUGGUAGGGAACAUCCAUCUCAUAAAAGUACAUCAAUUCUUCCCUGUGCAACAUGUUUGUGACUAAAUGUGACUUGAAUAUAUUGUGAAAGAUAAUGAUCAAAUUGACUGUUUUU